UCAUCCUCGUCUCCUCGCCCACCAUCAUCGUCGUCUUGUUUCUCGCCUCAAUAGCUUGUCUGUGUUGACGGCCUCUCCCUUGACACUUGGCUUUUGGUUCUUCUCACCGUCGGCACGCAAUCGCCGCCACCGCCACCUCCGCCUUGGCUUCAAGAUCUAGAUCCACUCCAAGCCAUGUCAACAUCCCAGAGUACAAGGGCUGUAUGGAGCUAUACAUAUGAAAAAGGACUUGUGGACAUAAUGAAAGAACAUGCCAAUAUCCCUAUGUACAAGAAACAAAAUGGUUGGACAAGAGUGGGCUGGAGAAAUAUCACGAAACAAUUCAAUGAAAAGUUUCCUCUAGCCCAUUUUACACAACAACAAAUACAAUCAAAGGAAAAGGAGUUAAAAGAGAAUUACAGGAUAAUACAAGAUGCUAGGAAAAAUAGUGGUGCUGGUUGGAAUGAGUCAUUAUGCAUGAUUAUUGCCAAACCAGAGAUUUGGGAUGAAAUGAUUGAGGAGAAUGCCAAAGUUAGUAAGUUCCAAAAGAAGUCAUUUCCUCUAUAUGAAAACUUGGCAUCAUUGUAUGCAGGAAGUAUCACCACUAGAGAUUUGAAUUCUACAUCGACUGAACAUCCUCCUAACAAGAGAGUUGGACCUCCAGUGAAAAGAAGUCACACUGAACAAAGUACACAGAACACAAUUGCCGCCUUUGAUACCAUUGGCAUCAAUUUUGCUAUUAAUGGUACAAAUCCAUCUCCUCAAAGCAAUGGCCCAGAGGUGCAAUCUGCACCGUCCAUCAAUCUAGAGGACCAAGAAGGUGUUAGUGGAAAAAUACGCAAGCAAAGUCAAAUGCCAGCUAAAAUCAAGGAAUUCAUAGAGCUUAGAAAGAUCCAGAUAGAUGACAAGAAGAAACAAGAAGAUGAUUAUUGUGUGGAGAAGUGCAUUGAUGUUGUGGAUGGCAUGGAAGACCUAACUGAUGAGCAGAAGGCAGAUGCUAAUGAGCUCUUCCAGUCUAAGAUGAAUCGACAAAUAUUUAUGAAGACAAAAAAUCCAAAUGUUCGAUUAAUUUGGCUGAAGAAAAAAAUUUCACAGAACCAGUGAGUGACAAGGAACACAAAAAAAGAGAAGGGAUGGAUGUGGGAGAAAUGGUCUUCGACAAAGAACACAUAUGCCUUCAUUUUUUAUUAAUUUUUCUUGUAAUCUUUAAUUGUUCAAUUGUAUUUUUUUGGUCUAGAGAUGGGUAGUAUUUUCUAAAUCAUUAGUUUGAUCUAAAAUCUAGAAAAAACUAUGUACUUUGUUAUGUGAUGGUUACACACAUAAUACUUGGUGUUGUU